AUGACUUCCGACUCGAGCUCCUCCACGCACUCCGAUUCGCUCCCGACUACAAUUCAUCCUUUGUCGCCUUUUGCUGAGACGGAAAAAAGCGCUGCCCAUCUGGCUUUUGCACCCAUCGCGCUGGCGCAAUACCACAACGUCAUCGAAAAGCUGGCCUCCCACAACCUCUAUCGCAUUCUACGCGCACCAGGCCCUAUCCGUGUCUGGGUCUAUCGCUCGCUGCUCGCCGAAAAUCAGCUGUGGAAUGACUGGGACCGACGCGCUGUAUCGCCAGUGGCCAUAGAGCAAGACAUGAGGGGCGACAUGGGCGAGGGCAGCGUCAAUGACACUGAAAGCGUAGCAGACUCGGAGCGGCCCACGAGCUCCAACGGGAUACACGCAAGACCAUACCUUACACGCCUACGCCUCGCGCUUGCUCCAUAUACCGUACAUUUCCAUAACCCCGGCUAUGUCAGAGAUGACACGCUGCGCAUGUUGGAGCGGGAUGUGGUCAAGAAGACACUGGAGGAGUCGCGGAAGAGCGUCGAGUUGCGCGAAGAACUCGGUCUCGCAUGGGAGUUUUGGGACGAUCUUGCCGGUGUGAUAAAGGCUGCCAUACCCUCUCUUGAACGUCGUUGCUUUGCUGCGCCGGAUCCUGCUGCGCCAGAAUAUGAGGGGCUGUCGGGUCCACUCAUUGCAAGCUACUCGCCGAGCCUACUUAGAGAUUUGGAACGUCUGAACCAGCUUGUGUGUAUAGCUCGGAAUGUACAGGUACACGGCGAAAGAGUGCAAAACCUGAGUGCCGAUAGGCUAUAUGAUAAGGACAUCUUCGCUCUCAUCAAUGUCUGCGUGCGCGUCACAGCAAGAGGGUACGACGGCGAGGCUGGCACCCAAGACGAAGACAAGUGGCAGGGUGUCAUCAAUGCCUACAAGAAGCUCCUCAUCACUUGCCUACAAUUUCUUAACAAUCUGAUCGCACGGAACGAGCAGCGGAAACUCAUGCUUUGGAUCGAGCUGUUCGACAGCCAUCUCGACAAUGAACUACCCAACUUUGCCGACAUGAAGUACAAGAUGGACGAGUUUCCACAGCAGGAUCAAGAUCAAGGCCCGCCACCUGAGGAACAAGCCCUACCGACGCAUGCAGCACGCAGUUUGGAUACAUUCAAGAUCCCACAGCAACCAGCUUCAUCUCCUUUCUUGCUCUAUAUUGGCGAGACAGGAAACGAAGUCAAGAAGACUCUCAUUCAGCACGGUGUCAAAGCUGGCGCAAAUGAAAUUGCCGCAGAGUGUAGGCGGCGGUGGCAGACAAUGGGCGAAGAAGAGAAAAACAAAUGGAAUAUGUUGUACGCCGAUGUGGUUGCUAAAUACCGAGACCAAAUAACCCAGUCGACCACAUACCGCAAGGUAGUUGACCAACAUGCGAAAAACGAGGAAAGUGUACAGGCGCUCGCAAAGAGUAUAAACCAGCUGCAGGUUGAGGUCGAUAGAAUGCGCACUUCAAUCUCUGUGCUGCCAGGCCAUGACGCUAGCCACGACCAAGCAUCACCCCAGGCAGCGGAGCAACAGCCCCGGAAACCAGCAAUCGAUGACUCGUUACUAGAUCCCAGCAUCAAACGGUCUCCUCCAGCAGGUGAGAUCGAUUUCCGUGUGACAUACCCGCCAUCCUUCGGAGCGGAAAUUCUCCAAAAUGGCAAAGACGAUCUACUAAAGCGUCUGGAGCCAGACCCCGACCGUCCAUCAGGGCUAAUCAGUGACGUAGCCUCUCCGACAUCUCCUCCGCCAGAGGAUGACGAUGAUAAUGAUGACGACUACGACGACAUCCCUGGGGAUGAAGGUCGAGGUCUGCUCACCGACGUUCCGCUUAUUUUGGGUCCUACGGAGAUUGAAGUUUUGCCCAUGAUCAUCAUGGCGGGAAUCGUUGAACCGCAAGAAGGACAGCCCGGUUAUUAUGCAGAUCCGACAAUCUUCAGCGGUAUCAGGAGCAUGCAUGGAGUGCGAUGCCACCUGCUCCUUGCACAGGACAACGGACGAAACUUGUUGCGCGAAUUGUUAAUCUUUGUCGCCGCUUGGGACCUGCGGGAAGAGGAGCUUUACUUCAAGUUCAUGGUGAAGAUUAUGGAAGCAAUCCUUGCGAAUCAGCUACUGCCAUUCGCUUAUCAUGCUUUCAGAGAGUCUGAGUCAAAAGACAUAAUAUCGCCGGCUCAAGCGGUCAUUAUGAAGCUUCUCACCAACAUCUUCCGCGCCAGACAAGCGCGUGCUCAGCCUACUAAAGGACAAAUCAAGGCGAACCAUCCGCAAGUCGACCAAGGCGACGUCCACAUGGUCAACUUUCUGCUCACCGAGUUCCGCCGACACAUCAUCCCGCAAACCUGUGCACUCAUCUUCCUGCAGGGUCAGAUCCGUGCUGGACAUGCACAGCCUGAAGAUUUCCCUCUCAACCUAUGGGAUAUGGAACGCAUGUAUGAGGGCGUUUACCAAUACCUCGAAUUCUUCGCUAUUCUCACAGAACACGAAACCUGGAAGAGGAUGCUGAGCAAUUGGGAAAUCUCGCACGAGCUGGUCACUUUGCUAAAAGAACUGGAUGCAGCGAUACCCAAGGGUCAGCUGUCGCCACCUCCUCUCAGAAAUGCCCAACAGGCACCACCGCCUCCUGCGCCAGUAGAGGUGGACAUUCCUUCAUCACAGAAUAAUCAGCAGCAGCCAUCCCAGCCGCAGCCUGUCGCAGUUGAGCGUCCAUAUGACACUACAGCGGCGGGAGCGGAGCCUUAUAUUCCUCCACCCACUUCACCGUCACCCCGACCGUACAUGGACGAAGCAGCAGAUGAACCGUCCGACUUUGAAUGGCGCAACCUUAAGAAGCUAGCUGUUCUUGUUCUAAGCUCCUUGGUGUGGAAGAACAAGCACGUCCAAGACCAGAUCCGGCCACUCGGCGGCAUCGAAGCAGUCCUAAACUGUUGCUCCUACGAUGAGCACAACCCAUACAUUCGUGAACAUGCCAUCAUGUGCCUUCGUUUCCUCAUGGAAAACAACAAGGAAAAUCAGGAUCGCAUCCAUGCACUCGAGAAAUACAACCAAGACGCAAACGCCAAGGCCAAAGCAGCCGCCUCUGCCACGCCCGGCUCAGCAGCCGAAAACAGCAACAGAUCACCCGUCAACGUCCGCGUACCUGACGAAGUGCUCGACCAACAAGGGUACGAAACCUACAUGGACAAACAAGGGCAGGUCAUGUUGCGGAAACGCCAGCCCCAACCUCAGCCACAGCAGCCACUAACAUCUCGAUCAGAUUUGGCAGGCAAGGGCAAAGGGAAGCUUGAUGCCGCUACCCUGGGCAGUAUGAGAGACCCCAAGGCAUUGGAGGAGCUGGUGCAGCAAGUUAUGCGCGACUUGCCUCGUGUGCAGGGACUUAGGGUUGGCGAGGAGAGAGCAGUGGAGGUUGAAGAGGCGUUGAAGAAGUUGGAUAAGGGGUUUGAUGGAGGGAACUCACAGGGCUGA